AUGGCGACGGCAGCUACCCCAGCUGAGAUGAUCCCUCAGCUUGAGGCUGCUCGUAAACUCGCUCUCGCGGAUCCUCAGGUGUACAACCAAGUCCUGCCCGGCAUCUUACCUAUCAUCGGUUCAACGCCCCAUGUCGAAGUUCGAAGAUGGGGCGCAGACUUCCUCGCCGAAGCUUUCUCAAGCCCUUCCCUUCCAAAUGCUCAAAAGGAACAGUUGUCGUCGGAAGUGGUACCAGUUCUAAGAGCAAUGUUGGAGAUUCAGGCGCAGGACGUGGAGGUGGUCAAGGGCGUGGUUCAGACGGCCGCGAGUCUAUAUCCUUUGGUUUUCAGACGAGUAAUUUCGCGUCCCGCUGAGGCUGCACUGUGGCAGGAUAUGAGCGCGAUGAAGUUGAACAUUCUCCAGCGCAUGGACUCUGCCCCGGUCCCUAUCAGGAUAUGCUGCAUCAAGUUCGUUCAGAAAGUGGUGCAUGUAGAGACUCCCGGAGUCAUUUCAGAUCCUCGACGGCCCGACCAAAACGAAGUAUCUAUAGCACUUGUCCCGAGAACCCAUCCAUUUUUACAGUUACCCAACCUCGAAGCUGAAGCAUCAGGAUUGCUGGACAGACUAUUAGGCGUCUUCCUCGAAAACUCGAUGGACCCCAUCGUGAUUGAUGCCACUCUCAACUGUCUAGCCGUUCUUAUUCGAAGCAGACCUGCCAUCUCAACCAAGAUUGUGUCUGCCAUCCUGAGCUUCAACCCUAUAAAGCAGGUCAAUUCUCCCAUGACGCCUCGAAUCAUGGUCAUUGUUCGGUCGAUGGAGAGAACAACGCGAGCGCUAUUGAAAUGGGUGCUGCGGACGUGUACCAACCAUCCGCUGGAACAAAAGAUACAAGCAUAUCUUAUGCGUUUGCAACAAUCGAGAGCAGCCUUGUAUGCCGACCCGACAGCUCAGAAACGCCCAGCAGAACCUACAGAUGGCCUAGACGACGCGAAACGACAAAAGCUUACCGCAGGUCCACGCAAAUUCCCUCCUAUGCCGCCACCGCCAAACUCCUACGCUCAAUUGUAUACACUUACAGAGGAUCCCAGUCUCCAACAAUUCGAUGUAACAUUACUUCCACAUGACAUUGUCAGCACCGUCACCGGCGUCUUCUUGCAACACGUUGACUCCAACGUGCUGGAUGAAGCGAUCAACGCGGUCAGAGCAAGAUACACCCAUCUCCAAAAGGUCACCCUUCCGACUCCGGUACCUGCGGUGCCACUGGCGGGCCCAACAGGCAUUGAUGACGAAGACGAUUAUGACCCAGAGUUCAUCUCAAGUCCAGAACAUGCCAUGGAACCAACGACAGAGAAAGCUCUUGAGCAGCUGGCGCAGCCAGCAAUUGAACUAGGCCCAUUCGAACUUCCCAAGCCUCCGCCUUUGACUGGGGCAGAGGUGGCCACAUUGUCUGACCAGACUGUCGGACAUGUAUUUCAACUAGUGACCACCUUGGACACAGCUGGUCAGUCUCAUUCUAAGCCGAAAGUUGGCUUCAAUCGAUUGGCUGCAAGCACAAACGACCGCGAUUCUUGGAUUACGAUCCUUGUACGUCUGGCAACCAGAGCUCCAUCGGGUCUUGAUGAUCUCGCACAUUCCUUGAGCGACGAUGACGCUGCUGGUGCGGUAGUGAAACUAGAAGACAUCGAAACACCGAACGUUGCCAAUCGCAUCAGGCAAACGUUGUUUAUGUAUAUUCUAGAUGACUUCCGAUCUCGUCUGAAUAUAGCCAUCUCAUGGCUCUCAGAGGAGUGGUACGCGGACAAGUUGACCGCCAAAACACAUCCCGAGCUCGGACAUCUACCAAACUACAACCGAUGGGUCGUUCGCAUUCUGGAUCGCCUGCUGCCCUACCUCGAUGCAAGAGACAAAAAUCUCUUGAUUCGAUUUCUGUCUGAAAUCCCUUCGGUCAAUCACGAGCUCUUGGACAGAGUCCAAUCUUUGGCGAGAGACCCCGAACGUCUUAGCAUGUGCAUUCUUUCCAUGCAGUAUCUCUUGAUGAUGCGUCCACCUGUCCGGGAUCUUGUCUUGGACACAAUCCAGUCAAUCUGGUACGAAGGGGACUCGCAGGCGAAAAAUGCAACCGCAAAAGUACUGUCGAAAUGGAGGCCCGGUUUCUUGCAGGAAGCAGCGCAGGCAAAGAAGGAAGAGUCAGAGGCAGAUACAGAGGUGAAAUCCAAUGGCUUCAACAGCCCUCCGGCGAUGAAGGCCGAGCCUCUUGACCCGAGAAGAAAGAGUGUCAAGUCCGCAAUAACUGCAGGGGAGGGCUGA